AUGCUUAGACGGCGCCUCUUCCGCCGUUGGGUCGUCGGGGAUCUUCCGUUGUCUGUUUCUCCUCCUAGUGGACCCCUGAACCCAGCUAUUUCAUUCUCGGGGCUCCGAGUUGCUGUACGAGCAGGUGCUGCUGCUGGUGAUGCUUCAGCUGCAGCUGCUUCCAAAUCGCCGCAGGCCUCGACCCUGCUUAUCUCUCUUUCGGCGCCUCUACGGAGGGCCCUUGUGAGGCCCCACGCUGCUGCAAGUCGCGGCGUUUUCAAACCUUGGUGCCCUCUUCACAAAAACUUUUGCCGUGGCCUAUGCAGCCAGACUAAUGUAGCAGCAGAUGUAGCCGCUGCUGCAGCAGCGGCAGUAUCGGUAGGACGAGCAUCCAUCGGAGCAGCGGCGACUAAUAAGGCUUCUGCCGGUGCUGGUGGGGGCACCUAUGCAGGACGUCCUUUGCCGCCUGCUGCUCCUGAGGCUGCAGAUGCCGCUUGCUUGGAGUCGGGUGUUGAUCUGGUGCAGGUGGACAUCAAACGAGACCAGCAGCGCUUCUUGCAGAUGCUAGGCCCAUUAAGAGAGGCUCUCCUUGCACGCAUUGCCGCCUGCGCCCCGCAGGAGGAGGCGAAUGCCCUGAGGAGUUAUUAUUCACGCGUCAUUGACUACAACUGCACAGGGGGGAAGCUGCUGCGAGGGCUGCUGACUGUGUAUGCCUCCCUUGCUGCCAACCGAGAGGUUCAAUUCCUUCAGCCUUCCGAUUCAGCUGCAGGAGCAGCCGCUGCUGCCCCUACUGGAGUAGCCGAUGCUGCUCCUGCUGCAGCAGCCGCUGCUGCUCGUGCAACAGCAGCUCCAGCUUUUGCUGCAGUUAUUUCUUCUCCUGCUACUGCAGUAGCAGCCGCAGCAGCCACAGCAGCAGGCCGAGCAGCAGCGGCAGCAGCGCCUUUGGCGUGUGGUAGUGGUUCUGGUGCUGCUGGAGCAGCAGCAGUUGAGGAUGCUUUCGCUUCUGGGGCUUGUGUAUUGGGUUGGGGAGUGGAGCUACUGCAAGCCGCCUUUUUGGUUGCAGAUGACCAAAUGGACGGCGCAUACACUCGCAGAGGAAAAGUGUGCUGGUACAGAAGACAAGAAGUGGGGGCAGCUAACGCUAUCAACGACGCGGUCUUCCUCAUAUACGCUAUCCACCAAGUGCUACGGGAGUUCCUUGGAAAGCACCCUGCCUCCAGUGCAUGCAGCGACUUGCUGCAAGAUGUUGCAUUUAAAACUGUCUUGGGGCAGCACCUCGACAGCAACGGGGGAGUGCACACGCUGCUGCUGCCCUACAACCAGCAGCAGCAACAGCAGCAGCAGCAGCAGGUGCUGCUGCGAGUACUGCGGGAAGGGAGUGCAGCAGCAACAGCCACGCUGAAGCAGCUAACUGCAGCUGCACGCAGCAGGCAGCAAGCAGCAGCAAGAUUAAAGACCAGCUAUUAUUCCUUCUGGCUCCCCACAGCCUUGGGGCUUCUGUACAGUGGUGUUUGCGACCGGUCCCUAUUGACGAAGGCGGAGGAGAUAUGUCUCUGCACAGGAGAUUACUUUCAGGUGUCUCUUUUCUCCAUUCUGAUACUAAGAACCCGCGCUACAGCAUCCACACAGCAGCACAGCAGCAGCAGCGCAACAGCUGCAGUACAGCAACACGACAGCAGCAGCACAACAGCACGACAGCAGCACAGCAGCAAAGCAGCACAGCACAGCGAAGCAGCACAGCGGCGCAGCAGCGGGUGUGCCUCUGAGUUUCCUGACGUUAUCUUUGUGUGUAUGAUAGUAUUUGGUGGUGUGGCGCAGGCACAGGACGAUUUCUUAGACUGCUUCGGCUGUCCAGACGCCUUGGGGAAGCUGGGCACUGACAUCCGCGAAGGGAAGUGCAGCUGGCUCUUCGUUGAGGCUCUCGCUGCUGCAACCCCCGCUGAAGCAGCGGAGUUGCUCGAGGCCUACGGCAGAGUCCAGGGAGAGGGCACCGUUCGGGAGCUGUACGUACACCUCAAAGUCCAGGAACGCUUCAAAGACUACGAAAACGGCGCGUGCGAGAAGAUUUUAAGGCUUGUCGAUGGCCUCGAACACCCAGGUCUCCAGAGCUACUUCGUGGCGCUGCUGCAACUCCUGCACCGGCGGCCGCAGUGA